AUGGGAUCAAUACUCUUUAAGAUGCUAUGGAGGGAGGUGCCACCUCCUUCACCACUCUUAGAGGAGCCAUGGAGAAAGGUGUCAGAGGAGUACCAGAGCAAUCUUGUGUUUGUGAAUUCUUACCAGCCUGAAAACAAACAGGUCACACAUCUCAGGAUUCUGCUUCAUGGACCAGUUGGUGCCGGAAAGUCGAGCUUCAUCAACUCUGUCGACACCGUUUUAAAAGGCAGACCUUCCAGUCGAGCUGCGGCAGAUGCAAUCUUUGGGAGCAGCUUCACCAGAAAGUACAAUACCUUCAAAUUAACCAAAAGUCCAGGGGCCACUUACUCUUUUGUUUUCAAUGACAUCAUGGGCUUUGAGCAAGGAUCUGACCGUGGAGUCCUUGUGGAAGACGUCAAACUGGCCCUGAGAGGACACGUGAAAGACGGUUACACGUUCAACCCUAAAAAAGUACUGAUGAAGGGUGAUGAUGGCUACAACCCCGAUCCAACUUUGGAAGACAAAGUUCACAUUCUGGUGUGUGUUAUUCCUGUGGACUUAGUGUCUAGGUUAAGUGAUGAGAUGGUGAAGAAGAUUAGAGAUGUCAGACUUGCAGCCAGUGAACUGGGAAUUCCCCAACUGGCUAUUAUCACCAAAGUGGAUGAAGCCUGUCCCGAGGUUAUAAAGGACACAAACAAUAUCUAUAAGAGCAAGUACCUGGAGGAAAAGGUUAAAAUAUUCCACCAGCUGCUGGGCCUUCCACUGAACUGCAUCUUCCUUGUGAAGAACAACAAUCAGGAAAUUGAGUCAAAUGACGGAGUGAGCGCUGCGAUACUGUGUGCACUGAAACAGAUGCUUACGUAUGGAGAAGACUUCCUCAUCGACCAGGAAACAUGA